CGACAACAGCCCUCUAUCUGAAAUCUCUAAUUAUUCGUCUGUUAAUAUGAUAAUUUUACAGACAAAAACUUUUAUUACAGUUAAACAGUUAAUUCACUUAAUAUGUUUGUGAAAAUAUUAAGCGUAUACUCUCCUAGAUGAAUCGGAUUUUAUUAGGUUACAGAGUAUAUCCGGAAAAAUUCAAUAUGGCAGGUUUCAGGAUAAACCAAGACGGAUGGUAGAGGAGGCAGACAGCAACGGAAGCAUGUCGGCGCUGGCCAUUCUGACAUGCAAGCCCAACUCCCACCCGUUCCAGGAGCGUCACAUUGCUUUGCAUGAACCCAACAAGAUUGGCCGCUCAGUGGCAAGGGCAAGACCUGGUCCGAACAAUGGAAUCUUUGACUGCAAAGUGCUCUCCAGAAAUCAUGCUAUGCUGUGGUAUGAAAAUGGAACUUUCUACCUCCAAGACACCAAAAGCAGUAAUGGCACGUUUGUCAACGACCAGCGGCUGUGCAAAGGCGGUGAGGAGAGUCCACCUAGGGAGAUAUACUCGGGCGACCUUAUACAGUUUGGGGUCAACGUCAUGGAGAACAACAGGAGGGGUGAAAAAAUCACACAUGGAUGUAUAAUAGCCUUAAUAACACUGUUUCAUCCGGACGGACGUGAAGCAAAGCCUGUCCUGUUCAACACGCCAACUCCGGGGAUCACGAUUCAGUCCCAGGAGCUGUACAAGCUGGCCCAGUGCCUACAGGAGGCUCUUCACAGGGAGAAGAUGCUGGAGCAGAAACUCUCCACCCUCCAGGAACUCGUACAAAACACUCAGGAAUCAGCGGAGGGGGGCUGGCAGGCAUUGAUAGAUGAAGAUAGAUUGCUUUCCAGACUUGAGACAUUAGAAAACCAGCUUCAUGCGUAUUCAAAGAAUCACACAGAAGACACUCUCAGACAGGAGCUAGUGACCCUACAAGAGGAGAAACUGAACUAUGAAACCACUGCCAAAGAGUCCCUGAUGAAGGUCCUGCAGGAGAAGAUAGAGGCGGUCACCAAGCUGUCUGACCUGGAGAGAUCACUGACCCGGUCUGAGGACGAGUGUGGUCACAUGAAGGACCACUGUGAGAGACUGCAGGAGGAGCUGCAACUCCUGGCUGAGAAGUACCAGGACCAGCUGAAGGCUGUACAGGACCUGCAGAUACAACUCAAUGAUGCUGAGACAAAGCACCUGGAGGAGAUAGAGCGAGUGGAGAAGGACCGCCUGGACCUCACAGACAGACUGAACAUGAUGAUCAAACAGGAGGAGCUCCUGCAGAACAAGAUUCAAUCCCUUGAGGCGAAGAACGAGCUCUCCACAGAACAGCUGUCUGAGAUCCAGAGCAAGAUUGACAGGUACAACGACCAAAAUGAGGACAACAACAUACACAACAUGAAAUCCCUUGAGUCAGACUCGGAGAACGAUGUAAUAUCAUCUGUGAUAAUUCCCACCACAAUGGAUAAGGACAAGGAUGAGUCACCUGAGGAUGUGGAGAGCAAACUAAAAGAUACCCAGCAGCAAAUAGAUGAGUACAAAGCUAAACUUGAAGAAUCUGAGAAGAAACUGCAGCAAAGUGUAGAGAAAGUGUCAGAGCUUCAGAGGGAGUUGGAACGUUCUCGCUUGGAGUCAUUACAGUUUGCGGCCAAAAUAUCUGCUUUGGAAGAUAAGCUAAAGCUGUCGGACAUGCAUAUGAACCAAAUGUUGGAAAACACAAUGGCAGACUUGACAUUGCAAAUGAGUGAGAGUACCAAGCAGUCCACCAGCAGUAAUGACCUAAUGGAAGAUCUGAAAAGCCAAAUAUUGGACCUAGAGCAUCAGCUGGCUUUUCAUAAGAUUCCCCAGCCAGACAGAAUGGAGAGAAUGGAUGCCACACUUGUGUACUCAUCGCUCGAUGCUGUCGAUGCUAGCACUAUCCGGGCAAGGCCCAGUAUAGAAGACUCGGAACUGGAAAAAAUUCUUAAAGAUGCCAAGAUGCUCCUUUCAAAAACAGAAGAUGAUCUACUUAAAACAAAAGAUGAAUUACAUGAUACACGGAAAGAGAAAGAAAGUCUUGAACAAUCGAACAGUGCCUUGAAAUCAGACCUCUCAACUGCUCAAGAAAGCAUCACAGAAAAGUUGUCAUUGAUUGCUGAGCUGCAAGAGCUACUAAAGAACGCUGAAGAUACUACCAAAGAAGUGGAGAAGCAGAUUCAAGAUUUGAAAGAUCGACUUCAAGAUGAGCAAAAGUUGUCUAAGCAUAAUCAGGAGGAGCUUGUUAAUCUCAAAGGAAGCCUCGAAGUGGAACAAAACAAGCUCAGAACAACGAUGGGGACUCUAGAAGAAACAAAAAGAGAACUUGAGAAGGAAAAAUUCCAGCACGGAGAGACAAAGAAUUCACUGACAGAAACUAAACAUCAAUUGUCAGAAUCUCAGCAAGCCACAAAACUGAAGCAGAAUGAAGCCACACAGCUGCAAAACAAACUCGACAGAUUGAGAGUGCGAGGCUCACCGGAUUUAGAUAGACUAAAACUUCGAGGCUCGCCAGAAAAUGUUGAAAUUCGAUCUCGCUCUGUUCGAGACUCACCCGAUAGGCGAAUGGGCGGUCAGCUUAGAUAUUCAUGUCAUGUAGGCGACCUUACCCCAUCACGGCUGCCUAUCAGUAAGAGACAAGCUAAUGAGUUCCUAGCGUUGAAGGAGGAGUGUUCUGGCUUGAAGAAACGAAUACAGGCAAUAGAGGGAGAAAUGAAAAUGUCUCGUAAGGAAAACCUGCAGCUCUCAUCAGAGUACAACAAACUGCAGGACUCGUACAGAGAACUUGAGGCUCUCAAAGACCGCCUACAGGACAAAGAGACAAGGUGGAUGUCAAAUCUCACCGACUCUCAGAAAGAGACUGAGAGUACGAAGGCUGAGGUGAGACUUCAGGCGGACUCUGACACAGUCUUUUAUCGGCAGCAGUUACUCAAGUCUCAAGAGGAGAUAACUCUGUUGAAGCAACGCUGCGAAGAGUGUGAUAAGGAGAUCACGCGUCUCAAGAGCGAGCUGAAGCGAAUGUCAGGCGACUACGGGCGCAUUGCGGGUCGUAGUAAACUGCCAAGAAGAAAGUAAAAAGAUAUCGUUUGUUUCGUGUAUACCUCUAUUGAUGUUGCUGUUUGCCAUUCUACUGGCAAUGUAUCCAACGUUAGAGACUUUAACGGCAACGCCCACAUGAUAGACAGACUGAUAGCUGUGAUUGGAGUCAUCUUGUGUCGUCCUUAUAAAUGUUUGUUAAGCCCUUUUUGGUGGUUGAAGUUAAAACAUUUUCUAUGGCUGUGUUAGGAGUUGGAAUACAGACCAACAAAUAGGUGAUACAUGUAGUGCAUCAUGAAUAACAAAAAUGCAUGGUAAACCUCCAAAUAUAUCGGCCUGAUGUAGACUCUGGAUAACCUCGCAGUGACACCUGUGCUCUAAGUAUAGAUGGCAGGUUUUGCAUCAGAACUAACCACCAUGCAUUCAGAAAUUCAAUAAGUUUGUUUUUUAUGCCAACCAUAUAUCAACCUCCCAGUAUAAAGUAUAUCAUCAGAGUUUAUGAUUUAUAAUAAAUUUGUUUCCCUACUUAUUCAAAGAUUCAGUUUAUAUCAUCAGAGUUAUAUGGUUUAUAAUAAAUUUGUUUCCCUACUUAUUCAAAGAUUCAGUUUUAAUAAACCUGUGAGAGAAGAACAGUUACUUAAUCUGUUCUAGUAAUAUAUAUGUAUAAAACAAGCAUUGAAAUCCAUCUGUCAAUUUAUUUACUUUUUUUACACACUUUCAAAAGAGCAUAAAUUUAAAAUGUUUGUGAAAAUAAUUUUUACUCAAGCAAGUAAUUGACAGGUAUAACAAAUAAUUUGAUACAUUAAAAUUAUUAAUUUACAAACAGAAUCUAAUGAAGUUUUAUUCUUAAGUAAAUGAAUUAUAUUUACUCAAUGAAUGAAUGUUUGUCUGUGUGAAGCUUCCUGUCUCUGCCAUGACUUUUCUACAUAUGGAUGGAUUUUAAAAUAGGUUACGGUAUAACUUUGUGUUUGCAUUACAGUUUUGCUUGCAAUUGGACCAUAUUUUCCUAUUAGGACCAACAAGGCCAAGUAGAGGUACAAGUCAUGGUGACUAAGGCCUAGUUGAAUGAACUGACUUUUGGGGAGUGUACUUUUCUGAUGCCUCCUUAAAUAAUUCAUUGUGCCCAUUAGUAUUAUUUUGGGGUUCAUUUCGAUGUCUCUUAUUUUGAGGUUUCUGUUCCAUAACUUUCGUAAUGUAAUUGUCUUGUUUGAAAUCUCAACGUGUUUUAGCUGAUCCCAAAUGAUAUUGUUUGAGCAGAGAGAAGAUCAUUUAGCCUGUAGAUGAAGAAUCAUACUUCAUUAAAUCAUACUACAUUGUACAAAAGUUAACCGGUGUUGACAUUUUACAUAGCAGCAAUCAAAUUCGUCCCUAUUUAGUAUCGCCUUGUUAGAAAGAGCAUUUCUUAAAUUGGUAUUUAUGAUUCCUUUUGCUGUUGAUAGCUUAAGAACUGGACAAUUAUGUUACAUGAUAUUUUAAUAGGAAUUAUUUUCUGUUAGUAUUUCUGCACAUUUAUUAUCCAGUCAGCAUUAGAUGCUUAAAACUAGAAUACUGGUUUACAUAGCUUUUAAAUAAAAUGAUCAGUUUUCAUUGCGUACCACUAUACAUUAAAAUUGAGAAGCACUCGGCCACAACCAGACUUAAUGCAUGAGCAUAAAGCAAAACGUUUACGCUAACCACGGACUAUGCUUUCUGCAUUGAUUAAAUUUUUUUGUUAAAAUCCUGUCAAGUUGGAAAGUGUUCUUUUGUUAGCCUGUGCUGAUUUAAAGGCUAUUAGUAAUUAACAUAAACACAUAGAAAAUUAGAUACUAUAACUUUUACAAAGUCAUGGGUUAUUUUCAACCUUAUUCUUUAAGAAUUGCUUAUUAUUUAAGCAAUGAAUACUAUUUAAAACUUGAUGUGAUUUUUUUUAUAAAUUUUCUAUCCAUAUGUUAAUGAUGUAAACCAUGUUGGUUUAAACCAAUAUUAAAUACCUCUAUGUUAUUGUAUAUUUAUAUUUACUUACAUAUGAAGAAACAUUUCUGUACUCACAUAAAAACUUGAUAAAAACAUUCCUUAAGCUGCACUUUAGACGUCUCUGUAAUCUUGCCCUUGUAACAAAUUGCAGUCCCAGGUCAAGAAAAAUCCAACUAAAAACACAGUAUUUGAUGAUCUGUUUAUAUCGCGAGUCAAUGUCUUCUUCAAUUAACCAGUUACAAAAUCAUAUUUUGCUCUUACUUUCAGUAUGUCUAAGCGUGUUUGUCCUAGUUAAUUCAUGGGAUUAUGCAUAUGUGCUAUCGUUAACCACUGAAAUAUAAAUCCCUAAUUGGUUAACUCAAUUCUUGAUUGACAACUUGCUGCCAGUUAACAUGAAGUGCUAUUUGACAAUGUCUCAAUUGAAGAGUGUUUUAAGUGCUUGAAAUCUUAUGAUGUAUAUUAUGAACAGUUGCAUUUAUUAAACUGGUAAUAUGAUUAUUUUCAUGUCAUUGUUAUUUAUAUAUGAUUGAAAUAAUAAUACAUGUAUGCAUACUAUAAUAUUUAUAUAUCUUUGUCGUCCCAUUUAACGAAUAAACAGUAUUCAUUAUGUAGACAAUAUACUAGCACAUUCAUCACCGUUGUAAAUAGAUGUGUAUUUCUUAGUACAUUUUCAUUGGUUAUACUAAGCAGAAUUUUUUAAGGAGACAGUUUUUAUGCUCCCGGUAGCGUGGCAUAUAGCAGUUGAACUGUAUGUCAGUCCGUCCGUCUGUAUGCCCGUCCAUCUGUCCGAAGACUUUAACAUUGGCCAUAACUUUUGCAAUAUUGAUGAUAGCAACUUGAUAUCUGGCAUGCAUGUGUAUCUCAUAAAGCUGCACAUUUUGAGUUGCGAAAGGUCAAGGUCAUCCUUCAAGGUCAAAAGUAAAAAAAUACAAUCCAAGGGAAGUAAUGACCUUUUAAAGGAAGAUAAUCUCUAAACCUGCCAAAUUAUAUAUUGAAAUUUUAUUUCAAAGCAGCGCAGUAGGGGGCAUUGUGUUUCUGACAAACACAUCUCUUGUAUGAACUUAUAUUGAACACUUUUAAAUUGAGUGUGUAUUGCCAUUUAGGACACCCAUAUAAUCAGUGUAUUAGAUAUUACACAUAACAACAACAGGGUUUAUUUUAUUAACAUAAUGACAAUCUUGACAGUCUUAACUUACCUUUUUUAUAUUCAUGCACAUCUAAAUUUGAAAUUUUUUGUUUCAGCUGGUAGAAUUUGUAUUAAUGAAAAAUCAGUUGUUUCUGUAUUGUAAACACAAACAGAAUAUGUUCCUACAGGGUACUCUGGUUCUAAGAUUUUGGAACAUAAUUGUAAGUUUGUUUUUAUUAAUAGUGUUAACAGUGUCCUUUGUUAAUGUUUCAAAGUUAUGUUGUAUUAAUACGUAUGAAGAAACAUUGUCAGAGCUGCUUUGUUUGUUACAUCAUCCAUGUGCAGUGCAUGUCUAUAUACAUACGCAUCUAUAUACCAUCUUUUACGUCUGGUUAGUAGGAUAUUUCCUGUAACAGUGGGAGGUUGAAAAUUUGAGUCAUGCAAUUCACAAUGUCCGAUAAAGGCCUUGUUGCCUUACCGGCAGCGCGUUAAUUUUUUGGGUAAAUUGACCAAUAGCCUUCUUGCCAACUGUCUGGCAUAAAGGAGAGGAAUCCAUAGUACAGAUGUUCAUCAGCAAAGGUGUCUCAUAAGUAAAGUCUGCCUAGGCACUUAGUCCUUUUAUCACAAGGGAUUACUUUACUUGAUGUGAUACCUUGCAAAGAUUAUAAUGAGCAUCACAACAUGUGUAAAAUAGAUACAGAUAUAAUGCUUCUCACAAAAAUUUAACUGAAUUUCAUUUUUUUAAUUCAUAAUUUUGUUCAUGCUAAAUCAAACUUCCUGUAACACUUUUUGUGUGCCUUAAAUCUUGUUCGCUAAUUUAAGAAGCAUUAUGCUUAUUACAUCAUAUUUUUGUCUCCAAGAAUACAACAAUUACAAAAUAAUUUUUCUCAUUGUCUGGGUUAUUUUGGUAAUAGCCAGGAAAUAAAGUUGGAGUGUGAUGGCCCUAGUGGUGUGGCAAUCACCAUUAUAACAAAAAAAUCGUUGGUUAAUAUCUCAAUUACCAAAAAUUAGCUUAUACUAUUUCCAUUCUACUAUAAUAUAUGAUAAGUUGUAUGAAUAAUAUUAGAGCUAUUUUUAUCUAUAGUUUGCCAUUUUUUCUUCCAAAAACAUACACAUUUGCAUUUCCAUGCUGUCAACACAUCAAACAAUUCAAAACAAUGUCAUUCUUCAUUCAUAAACAUUGUGAAUAUUUCAAGUUAUCUAUAGAUAUUGUUUAACACAGUGUAGUUAUUACGGUAAUCAAUUCAGAGUAAAUGCCACAUUAACAAAAGUAAAUAUUUUUGUACACUUUAAUAUAUUAGUUGCACAACUUCUAUGGUUUGAAUAUAUAAUGUGCUGCAGUAAGCAGAAAAUAGUUUAAAGUUAAAAAAUUGCUUUAAUUUUAGAUGAGGCUGGCACAUAUCACUGCACAAUUUCUUGGAAAAUCCAGAACUAUGUUGAAAACAUUCGGGUCCGGGAGUGGUUUGUUGCCAAAAAAAAAAACACAUAUUUUUUUUAAUUUUCUAUCGAUAACUACUUCACGUUGUGGUAGAAUUGUUAAUAUUCUAUUAUCUUUGCCAUGGUACUUAAAAUAUGUCUCUGUUUAUAGAUUUUGUUGAAAUGUAACAUAGCAAUGUUGUCUCUUUCUAUUUCGUGUUUAUAUUUAUUGUAUAUAGAACUAUUAUAUUCUGUAUUUACUGUUGUUUUUAUAUAUGUUUGACUUUCCUUUGCAGUUAUGAAAAUAUUCUUAUAUAUGCAUAACUUUUGUACUUCACUCCAAUCAAAAAUAAUAACUAGCACUGUAUAUCUUUUAUAGAAACCAACAUUGAUUAUAGCAAGCUGCAAUGAAAUCUUAAAGUAUUCACAUUUACUCUCAUAGAAUUUCUUCAUGUUAAGACUGGCUGUCAGGAUAUUCUGUGAAAUACUUCAAACAAUUUUGUUCAUUCCUAAUGUUUUAUAUCAACAGAAUCAUAUUCUGUCAGUUAAUUAUAAUGUCAGUAAUAGUUUAAUCACACUGUAUACAUUACCAUAACAAAUUAAAAAUAAAUUAUUCUAUGCA